GAUCUUUUUUCUGUGCUCCAGAUGACCAAGAAGAUCAAGAAGCUGGAGAAGGAGACGACUCUGUGGAGAACGAAGUGGGAGACCAACAAUCAGGCUCUGCUACAGAUGGCUGAGGAGAAGACACUGCGGGACAAACAUUACAAGGGUCUGCAUGGGAAGCUGGAGUGCCUUGAGAAACUGUGCCAGGCUUUGCAGAAGGAGAGGGACGACCUCACCACCAAACUGGGAGACCUACAGUCAACAACUGAGGAGGAGGGGACGGGACCUCCAGACCCCCAGCCCAGCCAGGAGUCUACCCAGGAUGAGAUGUCUCCGCCUGGGAGGGGGAAGAGACGCAGCCCCUUACUACCCCUGAACUGGAGCUGGAGUCCUCCACCACAGAGCAACUUGACAACUGAGCCACUAACCCCUCUGCCUUUUGGAGGGUAUAUUUGA